UUCCUCUUUGGAUUAUUUGCGAAAACAGCAACUCUGACGCCACUUUAGAGCCAUGGCGUUGCUUAAAUCAGGCUUGCUAUGGAGAAAGGGCUCCGUCCUCAAGCGCUGGAAGCUGAACUGGUGUGACCUGUGGAUCGACGGGAGUCUGGUCUUCUACAGGACGGAGAGCAGACGCGAGUACGAACACAGAGUCAACCUCAAGACGAGCUGUGUGGAUGUGAUGAUCGGUCUCGAGUGUGGAGCUGUUCCCCCUGAGAGUCACCCUAGAGAGAACCUACUAGUGAUCCAGUUGAAAGAUGGCUCCCAGAUCAUCGCGUGUGCCAACAGUGAAGAUGAGGCGCUAGCAUGGAAGUUGACUGUUAUGGAGGCAAAACGAAAUCCAGCAGUGUUUACCUAUGACCCGUACGAUGACUCAUACCAAUCUGUCCCUCUCUGCGGCCACAACACCGUCAAUCUCCCACUUGGCUCAGGUACACAUCAUGUGAUCAUCCAGAGGGACCCCUACGAUGACUUCGGGGAGCAGAUUGUUCUGGGGAUGCUCGCUGGGAUGGCGGCGGGCGCUGCCAUGCGCUCCUUUCUCUGGAUGCCGUUCUGGUUCUGUUGAAAGAACCUCUGGAUUCCCGCCUGUUUUUCCCUGGCCUCCCUCUUCGAGAACAUUAACUGAUAGGCAGGGAGGCUUUAGUAUGAAGCAACUACUUAGUGAUGAUGCUAUUGGCCUCACGGCUACAAAAUGUUGUUUAUUUUUAUCUCUCCGAUUGUGUUUUUUUUUUCUUAGUGUGAAUAGGCUACCAUCCUUCUUAUGGUGAAGCUAAUCCAAAAUUGGAUAGGGCCUAUGUGAAGAGGAAAUAUCUUGUAAAUAAGUUGUGUAUGUUUUGUCCUCAGUACUGUACAGUUUGGUCUGGUUAUCAAAUGUGUAUAAAAAAAAACAACAAUAAUCAAAAUUUGCCUGAGAUUCGUUGCCAAGGGACCGCAUGCUAAUUUAAGCAAGUUUUGUAACAUGUCAUGGUCUCUGACUGCCAAUUUGCUUAUUAAAAAUGUAU